AUGCAAAUUGUGCAAUGUUUGCAAGUGUUGAAUACCUGCUAUCAGAAACCGAGGAAAGUAGGAGCCGAGGAAAGUAUGUACAGAAGCCGAGGAAAUGUGGGCGUGUCUCCCUUUUCCCAGCAGCGCUGGUUCUCCCUCCACUUUGUCCAUCCCUGUUUGCAGCUUACCAAAGAUGCCAGUUGGGAAGCGAACCGGCUGCCUUUGUCUCGUCUCCAAGAGGCAGCCAAUCAGGGCACAACGAGUCCGUUGCUUAGCAACUAUUCCUCCUCGCUUGAUGAGCCCGAGCGCCUGCGCUGUCCGUUGGAGGGCGGGAUUAAAGGGCGGCUUCCUCUUCCGGAGGGUCGCUGGCCGGACGCGCCGGUUCCUGUCGGUAUGGUGGCCACGGACAGAGAGCGUCGUAGCCUCCUGUGGGCAACCGCUGCUGCAUUUAUCCUAACUGUCAAUGCGUCUUUCGUGGAAGACUUAGAUGACUCGUUUAAAGAAAACCGUAAAGAUGAUGUUUGGCUUGUAGAUUUUUAUGCACCUUGGUGUGGUCACUGCAAGAAACUGGAGCCAGUAUGGAAUGAAGUUGGUAAAGAGAUGAAAAGCAUUGGGUCUCCUGUUAAAGUUGGAAAAAUGGAUGCAACUUCAUAUUCUGGCAUUGCCUCUGAGUUUGGAGUUCGAGGCUAUCCAACAAUUAAGCUAUUGAAAGGCGACUUGGCGUACAAUUAUAGAGGAUCUAGGACCAAAGAUGACAUUAUUGAGUUUGCAAACAGAGUAGCGGGGCCUAUUAUUCGACCUCUCCCCAGCCAGCAGAUGUUUGAACAUGUGCAGAAGAGGCACCGGGUACUUUUUGUGUAUGUUGGUGGGGAAUCUCCAUUAAAGGAAAAAUACAUAGAAGUUGCUUCCGAACUAAUUGUUUAUACAUACUUUUUUUCUGCCUCAGAAGAUGUACUACCUGAGCAUGUGACUCUUCCUGAAAUGCCAGCUGUUCUAGUUUUUAAAGAUGGAACUUACUUUGUAUAUGAUGGUAAGUUGAGAGCUGUGAAGGGGGAAAAAAUCUACCAGUGUAUUCUGGGCCAGUACAUCAUUUCCAGGGAUACCCCAGAAGUGACACAGGUUUUAAAACCAGAAAAAGUAAAAUUAGCUGCAUGUGGGAGAAAUCACACCUUGAUUUGUACAGAACAAGGAAGAGUGUACGCUGCCGGAGGAAACAGUGAAGGGCAGUUGGGAUUAAAUGACACUGAGGAAAGAAGCACAUUUCAUCAUGUUAGUUUUUUUACCAAGCAGCACAAGAUCAAACAGCUGGCAGCUGGAUCCUACACUUCAGCAGCACUUACUGAGGAUGGACAGCUUUUUAUGUGGGGAGAUAACUCUGAAGGACAAAUUGGCUUGGCUGAUGAAACAAAUGUGUGUUUUCCUCACCAAGUGGAUGUUGGAAAACCUGUUUCCUGGAUUUCUUGUGGAUAUUACCACUCCGCCUUGAUAACACGAGAUGGUGAACUGUAUACUUUCGGGGAGCCUGAAAAUGGAAAGUUAGGCUUGUCACCUGAGCAACUGAAAAACAACAGGAUUCCUCAAUUUGUUUCUGGAAUUUCUGGAAGGGUUAAUAAGGUCGCCUGUGGAGGAGGACAUACGGUGGCUCUUGCAGAAGGAAAUGUCUACACCCCAGGAUAAUAGUAAUAUGGACGAAAGCGGACACGCGGCCAUUUAUUUAUUUUUGAAACUUCUGAACCAAAGAUUGUAGAUCUAGGGAGGCAUAAAAUCUGUAACGUAGCAAGUGGGGAAAAUCACACAGCUUUGAUAACAGAGAAUGGUCUUAUGUAUACCUUCGGAGAUGGACGGCAUGGCAAGUUAGGACUUGGUGAAGAAAAUUACACAAAUCAAUUCGUACCUACAUUAUGUGCUAAUUUUUUGAGGUUCAGUGUACAUUCGGCUGCUUGUGGUGGUUGCCACAUGCUGGUUUUUGCCACACCAAGGCCCAAUGACUCAGAAGAAACCAGUGUACUAGACUUAAAUGAACACGGCUUGUCUGCUACAGUUACGGAAUUGGACAGAGAUUCAUUAGUAAUAAACACCUUGCAUCGAACGUUAUCUGCACGUGUGCGACGAAGAGAGAGGGAAAAAUCACCCGAACAAUUUGAUCGAUUGGUACGAACAUUUCCGCCUCUUGGAGAAGGUUCCCCAAAGCCUGCGUCUGGUGUCUUGAGCAAUACUGUCCCACUCGGUGUACCCACUGCAAACCUUCCACGCUCAGGGGCAGAUAAUACAAAUGAAGACAACGAAUCUGCUGUGGACGACAGAACAGGAGAUGAGAAAGAGGAGAGUGAGGGUGAAGAGGAAGGUUCAACAGAUGAUGAUUCAAAUGAAGGUAGAAACCUUGGGGACACCACAGAUAUUUUAAAUAUGACUCACGUGAUGAAACUGGAUUCCAGUGACCGGUCAUUACAGUUAACACCAGUUCAAAAACAAAAGAAGAAAAAUAAAAAUGUGAAAUUGAAUAGUUAUGGAAGUGUAGAGGAUCUUACCCAAGUUCAGGAAUGUUUGAAAUCGGGUUACGCGUCGCCUCAGGUGGAAACUGAACAUUCAAGUUUAUUUAGAAAGGAAGAAAAGAGCUGUUACGAUGCUUUUGUAAGGAGAAUUGAAACUGGUAAGAAAAAUGCCAAAAGUAAAUCAGAGCAGGUUGUUAACGUUAGCGGACUGAAACCUGACACUCACCAGACUAUUAAAGAUGAAUUUAAACUAGGAAAAAGGAAAAAAAAGGAUAAAAAUUCUGGUCAGUACCAAGAAGCAGUGCCAGCAACAGGUAUGAUUGACAACUUGGGGCAGUUAUCUGUGGAUUUUCAGAAAAACAAAGCAGAGGCUAGGUUAGUAAAAUGUGACAAAGAUGAAAAUAUACACGAACAAAUGAAAGAAAGCCGUGAAGGACACAAAGGAUUCAAAAACAAGGAAAAAAUUAUGAAACAAAUAGCAGUGACUCGGUCGUCAUCUUCAAGUGAGGAAACAAAUAAUGGCUCGGCAACCUGUGUUCUUCAGAUGAACCAGUAUAAUUAUGAUAAAAUGAGGAAAAGAGAAAUGGAUGUAGACAGCAGAAAUAUAAAAUGGCAAGAGCAACGAUAUGCCUGUAAAGCAAGUCUUGAAGACAUCAGUAUGAAAGGGUACAAGGAAAACAAGACAAACGUAUCUGAUGCAUCAGAUAAGGAUGCUCAAGUAGAAGAAGAAGAUGUAGAAAAUGAGGACGAGACUGAAAAAGCUAACAAUGAGAAAGUUGACAGUGAAUUAAAUGAGACUGGUGAAGAAAAUAAAGAAGAUGCCACCAUAGCCAUUGAUAAAAAUGAUGAAGGUGAAAAACAUAAAUUGCAAUAUGGCAUUAAGAGGGAGCACAGACUGAAGAAGCACAUGAAAGGGAACUUUCAAAUAAUAAGGUCUGAGAGAAGUGACACGGGAGAUGAGGUACAAGAGGAGGAGACGCAGCGUGUAGAUGAGAGACUGAAGGAAGACAAAACUGAAAGCAGAGAAGAGAGUGAAUUUCUGGAAACAAUUAAGGCAGAACAAGAGACUCGAUGGGUUGAAGAUAAAGACAACGUGAGCAAGGGUGACAAAGACGAAGAAAAGGGGGACAAGAGUAAUGAGUGGAGGGGCGAGGAAGAUGAAACAAGGGGAGAUGAUGAAGAAGAAGGAGAAGGGGAGGAAGAGGAAGAGGAGGAAGAAGGGGAAGAAACUGAAGAGGAAGCUGAGGAGGAGGGAGGAAUGGAAGAAAUUGUGGAAGAAGAAGAAGAAGAAGGGGAGGAGGAAGGCCAAGAUGAAGAAGAGACUGACAGCAAAGCAGAAGUGGAAGAAGAAGAUGAACAGAAUGAGGAGGAGGGGGAGGAAGAAGAAGAAGAAGAAGAAGAGGAAGAAGAAGAGGAAGAAGAAGAGGAAGAAGAAGAGGAAGAAGAAGAACAGGAGGAUGAGGAAGAAGAAGAAGAAGUGGAGGAGGAAGAAGAGGAGGAGGUGGAAGUGGAAGAGGAGGAGGAGGAAGAAGAGAGGGAGGAGGAGGAGGAAGGCGAAGAGAAGGAUGCAGAAGAGGAGGGAGAAGCAGAGGAAGAAGAGGAGGGGGAGGAGCAGGAGGGGGAAGUGGAAGAGGAGGAGGAGGAGGAGGACCAAAGAGAAGAGGAAGAAAAUGAGUAUGCAGAACUGGGAGAAGUAAGAAGAAAAACCAAAGUUAAUGAAUUUCCAGAAAAGAAAAGGGAUGAAAAAGAGCCAACGGAUCAUAAAAUCAAAACUUUGAAACAUAGUAUGGUGUCAAAACAGCAUGUUAAUGGAUUACAGCAUUCCCAACAGUUUUGGAAUAAUGUUUUAGCUCAUUAUUUGACACUAAAAUAGCACUAAAGUGACGCUAAAAUAGUGCCGGUUAUUUGAAAUGGGUGUUUUGUUCAAGAAACUGUUCUUCUAUGGCAGUAUUUAUUUUUUACAUUUUAUAUUUAAAAGUUUGAUUAAAAAACGUAAAACACAUAAAACAUAGUAGGAUUUCAAAGGGUUACCUUAAAAUCCAGCUUUCUAAAGCACAUUAUAGGCAUUCCUACACUGGUAUAAAUGUGCCAGUACGAGAUGCACGCCACGUUCUCCAACGUAAAUCCAAGUGAUGUGAUUUGCAAGCCACUUUAUUUUUAAUGUCUCCAAUGGUACAAUAGUAGUUUUUACUUGUCUGUGUAGUCAGCAAAGCAGUUUUAGUGUAGUGUUAAGCACUCAUUAAUGAUGAAGGGGUUUUUCAUCUCGAGGAGUGCCUUUUAUAGCAAAAAAAAAUUGCUACAGCGUGCCUUUAUGAACAAGGCAACUUUAUUUUAUGGUGAAGCUUUUCUGUCUUUCAAACACUUGUGAUUGGUUGCCCUUUCUCUUUCCCAAAGAGAGAGAGAGAGAGAGAGAUAAACUUGUGUGUGCAGUUUCUAUUACAUUGCCUUUGCAGUCUGGGUAGCUCAUAUGUGCAGCUUUUUGGACUGCACAAAGCAGCGAGGAGAUUGUUGUAUACGGCCUAUGAUAGAGCAACAUGGAACCAUAUUGUGUUUAUAUCAAUGCCAGUACCAAAGAAAUUGAAACGCAGGUGCAUGUAUUACAGCAGAUCAUUAAACGCGCACAGGUAAUUCAGCAAGGACUAUAUUGGGAAAUCAUUAGCUUUGUAACAUGGAUGAAUGGGUUAUCCUCUUCAGCUGAGAGGGCUCUAACAGGAGUUGCUUUUUCAGUUUUUGUGGUAAUAUCUGUAUUUAUAUUUAUUCUAGAGUGCCUAUGUUGUUGCAAAUUACGUGCCUAAGAAAGCACUAAGGCAGUGAUGGCGAACCUAUGGCACGAGUGCCAGAGGUGGCACUCAGAGCCUUCUCUGUGGGCAUGCGCGCACAGAGUUCAUCAUGGG